UGUGUGCGCUCUAUUCUGCUUUGUCCAUUAUGUCUGAACCCAUUCUCAUCAUCGGUGCAGGAGUUAGUGGCCUUGUGCUGGCACAGUACCUUCAAAAUCAUAAUAUUCCUUUCAAGAUCUUCGAUCGGGACUCCGCUGUUGAUGCACGGAGUGGUGGAUGGGGGUUGACUCUGCACUGGUCACUUCCUGCCCUGCGCGAGCUGCUACCAAAACACCUUGUCGAUCGUUUCCCCGAAACUUUCGUCAAUAAAGAGGCAUCGGCGCGCGGUGACACUGGUCGGUUCCAAUUUUUUGACCUGAAGUCAGGGACUGCGUUGUACGAUGUGCCUGCCGCCGAACGUAUUCGAGUCAGUCGCGUCCGACUUCGCGAUCUUUUGACAACAGGAGUUGAUUGGAGCAAAUCAAUUCAACAUAUCGAAUCGUCCGCCGAUACGAUCACCGCACACUUUGAGGAUGGGACCUCUCACACUGGCCGACUACUCGUUGCAUGCGACGGCUCAAGGUCGCGAACCCGGCAGAUUCUCUACCCAGAUACACAAAUGAACCAACUACCAGUUCAGCUACUUGGGGCUUCGACACUGUACACCGCGGAAGAGAUGGGUGGCGCCGAAUCAAUCGACCCUUACAUUUUCCAGGGAUCCCAUCCCGAUUCGAAUGUGUUUUUGUUCUUCAGCUUCUUGGAUACCCCCAGCAACUUUGAGGACAGUAGCAAAGACCGCUAUCAUUGUCAAAUUAUCGUCUCUUGGGCCGAUUCAAAGGGGAUUCCCGUCCCAGAUGCUAACACAGAGCGGAUUGCUUUGAUGAAGAGUAUGACUGAGAGUUGGUCAGAGCCAUUCAGAUCUCUCGUGCAAAAGCUCCCUGACGAUGUGGAGGUUCGCUCGAUUCGCAUCGAAGACUGGAUGUUCCAGUUGGGACGGGAGCACCCUCACCCCAGAGCGGUGCUGGUAGGGGAUUCGGCACACACAAUGACAAUGUUCCGCGGCGAAGGUGCCAACAACGCUAUUGUCGAUGUUCUGGAUCUUGUGAAGAGAUUGAAUCUGCAAGAAGCUGGGGCUCUUGAAACCGCUGCGUUGUCGUCGUGCAUUCCCGCCUACGAAAACGAUGUCUUCACCCGCGCUGAGCCUAGCUUCCUAAACUCUCGACAGGCAUGUUUGGAUGCUCACGAUUUUUCUAAAAUUGAGGGUAGCCCGUUGGUUGGAGUACGAAGUUUGAGAUAA